GAAAAAAACACACAUACACAGUGAGAGGACUAGCUUUCUCUCAUGCAGUGGUGUAUAUAAACCCCCAAUUUGUAGUGGUGUGAGUCCACAUACCCACACAGUCACUCACACUCAGCCACGCUCUCUCUCUCUCUCUAAGAAUACAGGAAUUAGUAUUUGGCUUGGCAGUCAUUUCUACCUCAGUGCUGGAGGAGCAGGUGAAUAAAAGUGGGACGGUGAAAAGCAACAGGAGCACAAGUAGACAGAAUAUAUUUUUUUCCCUGUGAUCACCAAGAAAUGCAAAUAAUACUUUAAGAAAAAAAACUUUUUUUAUUUUUUUGAUUUAAAAAAAAAAAAAAAAGCCGCAAGAUCAAGGAAAAGUACUGGCAAGAGAGCACAUCCAAAAAACAACCCCAAAGAGCCAAAGCAAAAUAUGAAAAGCAGUUUGUGCCAGAUCGCUCUUACAGUACUGAGCCUUUGUGAGGGAUUACGGGCUGUUCCCUUGAAACCAAAAGUGGAAUUUGAUGACCUUCUAAACAUGGCUAUGCACCUUUUAAGAGACACCAAACAAGCAUCCCACAACUUUAAAGUCAAGUAUCCAUCUGAAGGAGAGCACAAAAUGGACAGCUUGCCCGUAGUCUCUAUGAAUGCUGUAGAAAUCUCUAAUGUACAGAUACACAAGCACCUCCCGAAGCUAAGCACUGACCUCUUUAUUUAUCAGAAGCAUUUUGACUGGCUGAGAAAGGCAGCACAUGCAAUUCGCCCCAUGGACCACGAAUUUAACGGAAUCCACAAUCGCAUUGAAAAGCUGUUGAAAAAAAUUGAUCUCCUGAUGAUCAGACACCAUAUACCACGUGUCACGGAACCCAUUGUUCCACAGUUCCCUAACUCAACCACUCCAUGGAUUGUCAUUCAGAGCGGUCAUGCCAUCUUCCAUCAUUUCCACGUCUUCUUGGACUUUGCAACACGUGUUCUGGUAAUGAUGAAGAACAAGUUGUGAAAAAAUGAACUUCACAAACCUCCAUCCUUGAUGUUAUUACUGCAGAAAUGGGCACAUAUGAUAUAAUAGCAUCAAACGCCUGAGGUAGGAACAAAACCCCCAAGACUUUGGCCCAAAAAUCCCAAUACCAAGGACAUUUCAAGGCCUUCUGCUGCCGAAAUAUGGGCCAGAAGGACACUGCACCUGGACACUACUUGCCUUCAGUUUUUUUAUGCAUAGAAUAGUGAUGUAGCACUUCUAUUUAUACGGCUGGCUAUUUAUUUAUUUAUUUAUUUUCUUAUGUUAUAUUUAAAUAGUGCGGUUCUUUCUUUAAUUUUUUUUUAUAAUAAUGAUGAAAACAAGAACAUUUCAUGUUUGUUUGUCUAGUGUACGAAUGGCCUAUCUUUAUAUUUUUUAAGGGUUGCUACUUUCCAGUCCUAUAUUUGGGUGGAUAUUCAUGAGUGAAGCAUUCAAGAACGGAGCUUUCUUCCUGCUAUUUUUGUACUAUACAUUUACAGUCAUUUAAAUUACAGAUAUGGGAGUGGAGGGGGGUUCUAAGCAAUGUAACAUUACCUCCAAACAACACUGUGUGCCUUUCCACGUCCUUGAAAAGAUAGAACAUAUUUAUGGAACUUCUCACCUUUCUGAUGGUUCCCACGGGAGAGAAUGUAAAUGGCAGCUGGAUAUAAUUUCCUCAUAAUGUGGUUAGCGAACUUAAGCUGGCAUAUUUAAAGUGAGCUGUUAAAGUAAACAAAAACAGAUAUUUGCUGGUCAUUUCCAUGUUACAGAAUAUUAGUAGGCUUAUGUUACAUGGACCCACUUGGAUAGUUUCCCUUACUCCAUUAAAUGAGGUUAGCUGGGCUAAUACACACUAAUAAUAGCAUAAGGUCUGGACUAUGUACAAAGAGGGUAGUCAAUGUACUGUACUAAAUAGCUGGGCAAGAAUUAGUAAACUUGCUAGGAGAAAGUGCUGAGUAAGGCAGAGGGUGGGCAUGGAAACUAUACAGAACACAGAAAGGUGAUAUUUGUCCCCAGAGAAAGUAAUUAGUAAAGCCGGGAUUGAUUGUUUCCGAUCUUUGCCCUUAUACCUAUAGCUCAAGAAUAGUAAAGGGCGAAUUUGUCAGGUUCCGCUUCGCCGGAAAAUUGUCAAAUUUCCUGCGAAAUUCGCCAAACGGCAAAAAAUUUGCAAACCGGCGCCG